AUGCUGCCAUGGCGCCUGGCUUUGUCGCUGUGGACCUGCCAGCAGGGCCAGGCUUGGACGCUGGCCAGCCUGGUUGCUGGUGUCGACGGACGUCAGAUUCCCUUGGAGGCCAUCGGCACUGCGGAUCGCGUCGACUGGAUUCAUUUUCCGGAUGGGAGGACAUUCGGGCGUUGCGAAAACGUCCCGGCCGGCCACGCUGCAGGAUGUCCACCCACGCACCUCGACAGGGUGACUGGGGUCGCAGACUGCAUCAAGGUCUUGGCUACCAACCCUGGAGACACAAUGAUUUUCCAAGGCGAAGUGUGCCAAAUUCAGCAAUGCGUGCGAAAUGUGGCGGAGGCGUCCAGCUUGGUCAUCACGCCAGCCUACGGUGGAGCGCAGGUUUACAGCCUCCUAUGCGACGCUCUACGCGACCUUCCGAGUUUAAUGGAGUCGCCGGCGUGGGCGGCCAGUGCGGGCGACAUCGGCAAAGAGGAUGACUUUUGGACAACCACAUCCAAGAUGAAGCAGGACCUGAGGAGCUUCUUCACUGCAGCAGGUGCUGCCGACUGGACUUUGCUGGAGUUGGGAAGCUACCGAGGCUAUAGUACUCGGGCCUUCUCCGAGAUCUUCCAGCGGGUCAUCGCCGUGGAUGCCUCCGAGGUGUUCCUUGGCGCCAACAGCAACUACAACCGUGACCGCCAGAAUAUCCUCUAUGUUCACCUGCACAGCCGCUUGGAUGGGCUCCGACGAUUACGUCGGAAUAGCGUGCACGUGGCCAUGGUUGAUGCAGAGCAUGAAUACUUGUCAGUCCUUCGCGACACCUCACAACUGCUGGAGAACUUCAGGCACUUGAAAUAUUUGAUCUACGAUGAUUUCGGCACGAACAGUGGCGUGGCUCGGGCCAUUAGAGAGUUUGUUCAAGCCGGCGACUUGCGAGUCCUCGGUGGCGUCGGCAAUCGACCCCCUUGGAGCUUCAACAAUGAGGUGAUCCAGAGCUGGGAGGGUGUGGUGUGUGAAGUCACCCGCCUGCAUAACAGGACUGCAAGCAAGGCGUUCGAGAACGCUUUUGGAAAGUGGUACGCCUGGUUCCAUUCGAACUUGUGGGAGAGUGAAGACGUCAUCACCUUGCAGAAGGACGGUAGCGCGAUCACGUCCCGAGGUAUGGGCAAGUGGCACCUAGAUCGCUCGCAGGAGCGUGCCAUGACGCUGGAGUGGCCCUCUCACAAGACGAUUGCCAUGGGUGGUCGAAACGCGGCCCCUCCCGUGCAGGAGCUUUGGUAUCUUCGUUUUGAUGAAGAUUGGGAAAAGUUCGCAGCCAUGAAAGUCGAUGGAGCAGUGGCCACGGGCGUGGACCAAGAGGUCAUGCACGCGAUUGUCCGGCGACUGUUUGUCUCCGCAAGCCAUGAGUUCUGCUCCUCGGCCAAAGAGUGUGGACAGCGUCUGCAAGCUUGA